AUGAAUAAUAACAUUAUAAUUUUGGCACUUCUUGUAGCUCUACUGUCUACAAGUAGCACAACAGAAGCAGCAGAGACACUCUACGGACUUCUCACCAAAGAUGUGGUUGGUCAAUUCAACUUUACUGAAUUGAUCUAUACAUUGGAUCCUUCAAAUGGACAACAGGUCAACACAUUGGUUCAGUUCCCUGAGGCAUUGCCUCAGAAGGAAGGUGGUAGAUUAUGUACAGUUGACAACAAGAACAACAUAAUGUACUCUGUUUACUCUUCCAAUGGUGGAGCUGUAUCUCCUAUUCUUAAAUCAUACAUCUAUGCUAUUGACUUGACAACACGGACUAUCAUUAGUCAUUCUCAAAUCAACAAUGCUCCAUCAAAUGACUUGUUUGUCGAGUUGGACUUUAACAACAAUACUGGCAACUUGAACUGUGUCAUCUACAACGACCUGACUGGCCAAGCAAUGACUGGUCACCUGACCCUUGACACCUUGGAUAUUGUUAUCUAUGAGAAAGUACAUGUAGGUAAGAAUAACAUACACUUUGUGGCCGCUGGUUACUAUGCACCAGAGAACAUCUACAUGGUUUACUAUCAAGAUGACUCAGCAACCAACAAACAAUAUCCAAUCAAGAUGUAUGAUGCCACUUCUGGAAAGGUCGUCAGAACUGUGAAGAUGGAUGGUCUGAUAACUACCAUGCAGUAUAUGCCAUACUUUGAGGGAGCAAUGGUACUUGGACACUCGGGUGAGAUAAGAGUGAUGGAUGUGGCAUCUGGCGCAGUAAAGACAUUGGAUUGGGCAGACAACAACACAUACUAUUACAGUAACCAAGCAGUUGGUGAGUCAUCAGUCUACCUGUCAGCUGUGGUCGCCGGUGCCACACCAUACUAUGCACUGAUCACCAUUGACGUCACGACCAACCCACCAACCGUCCAACACAACGUCACCAAUGCCAACGCCUUCUACGAUCAACUGAUCGUAUCACUCAACUAA